AGCCUGCCAGACAGAGCGCAGGGAUUAGUUUUCCCUCCUGACACCACAGGUUCAAAACACAAAAACAAAGAAGACUUUGACAACAAGUGAAAAUAUAGUAAAUGCAGCUUUAAAAAGCAACAAAUGUUAUUUUUAAAAAGUAAAAGUGUUUUUUGUGUUUAGACAUUAUCAAUAGAAACUUAAAAAAAGGCCUGAAAUUAAGAUUGUGUAACAAAGUGAAGACGUCACGCUUUUACUGCAAGGUGCCGUAACAAAGGACAACUUUUAUUGUUCUAAAAUACAAAGUAGGACUGUAAAAUAUUUAUAGAGUUAUACAAGAUGACCCAGCAGCUGCCACAUUCCUGAUUUUUGCUUCAUUUUUCCGUUCCUAAAAGUCUUUUCACUCUAAAAAGAACAUCAAGACAUCAGAAAGUUUGCGAAAGCGACGUGGGAAAACACCUUGUGGGUUUUUUUUAUAUAGAGGGCAACAUUCACAGGUCCUAAUUGGAGGUUCUGAAUUCAGAAAAAGGGAAGAAGAAGAAGAAAAAAAAAAUCCCGAAGUUGUAGUCAUCUUUAUCUUGAUCUGAAGCAACCUGACCAAAGGGUGACUCGCAGAAAAAGCAGCUGAGCUUUCAUCCCACACUGCAAUAUUCGUGGGCUGACCUUCACAGACAUGUUGAAAGACUUGAUGCAAUCUUAAAGAACCUUUUUCUUCACGUUCAGAAGGUAGUUAGAGAUUUGAACCCUCAGAGACGGUUUAACGGUCCUCCAAACGCCGGCUGAUGGGCUGAAACCUGCCAGCCGUUGGUGCUGUGUUGACUAGAGGAAGUGUGGAGGGGAUUGGUUGGGACACCUGCUUUGAGCAACCAAAGGGCAGACGCAUGGUAACUUCCUGCUCCCGCUUCCAGCGAACAGAAAGCAGCGUGCUGUUUUCAAAACCUCCUCUUCCUCUAAUAUCAAACCACAUGCUUUAAUGAGAGAGCGGGUUUGGAGAAGCACCAGCGAUCUGCAGCUUCUGCUUUUCUUCUGAUGCAUGACGGGGUGUCUUGUGAGACGCCGGUGAAGUGUCUGUGUUUGUUUUGGCUGCUGCUUGGGGGAAAUACGGAGAGUUUGAUCAUGACGACGGAGAGAAACAGCAAAGCCCUGAAGGUGAAGCAGGAAUGCGGCGAGAACGUCCCGUUCCUGUCGGACAGCGAGCUCAUGUCCCUGUCGGUGCGGGAGCUCAACCUCCACCUGCGGGGGCUGUCCCGCGAGGAGAUCCAGAAGCUGAAGCAGCGCCGCCGCACCCUCAAGAACCGGGGCUACGCCGCCAGCUGCCGGGUCAAGCGGGUGUCGCAGCGCGAGGCCCUGGAGCAGCAGAAGAUGGAGCUCCAGCGCGAGGUGGAGCGGCUCGGCGCCGAGAACGCCGGCAUGCGGAAGGAGCUGGAGGGCCUGGGCGCGCGGCUGGCCGCCCUGCAGCGGUUCGCCAGGGGCCUGGAGGCCGGCGGCGGCAGCCUGCUGGCCACGGCGCCGCGCCUCAACACCGCCUCCGUCAUCACCAUCGUCAAGAGCCCGUCGCAGCCGCAGAGAGAGCAGGAGCCGUCCUAGGAGGAGCCGCCGCCGCCACAGGAGGAGGAGGAGUCUGCAAUGCAACCACACAUGCACCUGUAACCACACAGACACACACGCCGGACCAACACAACAUGGUUGUCGCCUUUUUCACAUUAUGCAAAGAAAAUCCCAGAGAUCUCACCUGUGAUGCUAAUCUGACCAAAGGAAGGGGGCGGGGCCAGGUCAGAAUAAUGUGAAGCAGGCGACCGCACAAACCUCAACGAUGGACGCGUGGGGGGGAGGGGGCAGAGGUCACAUGACUGGACCGUGGCUGAAGCUCCGCCCACUCACACAGACGGUAACAGGAAGCUGGCUGAUUUUCAAAAUAAAAGUCCUGCUGGAAGGAAGCGCUCGUCUUGGCAGUGCCUUCAGCAGCGAGCGGGGUGGGGGCGGGGUCAGAGGGGAUCCUCGUGGAUUUACCACCCCCCCUCCCCCGCCACAGCAGAGCAGGAUCCGGCCGGACUUCCUCCCACACCGAAACCCUCCGCGUACAUUCCCACUCUGUGUCAUUUGUAAUGUUUGUCCAGCUGACGAAAACCUCGAGUGACGUUUCUAAGAGAAUAUUCUAUAUUUUAUUUGUAUUUAAAAAGUAGAUAUUAUGAAAAAAGACAAGCUAACGAGUGCUGUGACGUUUUUCCAAGAGUACUUAACGACUAGUCUGUUGUGUUGCGAUGAUGAGGGUCAGAUGUUGUGUGUCGGUCUUGUGUGUGCCAGCUUGUCACGGUGGAUUAUUUAGAGGGAGGUGUUAUUUUUUUACGAUGAGUCGAAGGUCGUUUGUGAGGGGACGCGGAGGUCGCCACGGCAACGAGGGAGACGAGGAGGUCGGGAAGAAGGAGACAGGAAGUAGGAGCGGCAGGCUGAGAGGGCAGAUUCACUUGAAGACUUCCGUCGGACGUCGGCCUGAUUUUUGAUUUCACUCAGGCCAAAAUGGGUGGAGCUUAGGCCACUGACUAGUACUAGCAAUAUUCUAUGUAAGAGUAGGACCUGUGACAGCAGACGCGUGUUGACACAUAACUCCUGAACAUACAAGGCUUCUAUUUAGCGACCCAUGAAUAGCAUUUAUUCUCAAUAUUUUAACAUCUGUCGAUUCGUGCUGGAUGUUUUGUAAGAUCUGCAAAACAAAAAUGGUCUUUGUAUUUAUUACAUGUAUUUUUUUCUAUUGUGAAAAUUUAAGUACAUUGUCUAUUUUAUAUAUUAUAAUAAAUGUUGUACAUAUUGUACAUAA